UUCGCGAGCUCAGGAGCUUUCUCUUUCUGCGCAAUUGCAAGAUCCUGACUAGUCCACUCGGCGAUUUGAUAUUGUUAUUAGUCAAAUAUCACCUGCUUCGUUUUAUUGAAAUAGAAGUUACUGUUAAUUAUUCAAUUAUUGUUGAACGGAGUCUCGAACGAUGACGUUAGUCAACGCAUGAGCGUGAGUCUCUUUCGUCCUGCGCCUGGGAGAAGAACAAUUAUAUCAUAUAUAAUCACAAUAAAAUGUAAAAAAGUAGCAACAAAAUCAAGACCGAUCUCGUUCGUGCGAUGGUUUCGAUUUUACCGCGUGUAUCUCAGCAUUGCCAAUUAAAGACGAAAAAAUUCGUUGGCGCCAUCAAAACCAAUUGUUCGCGAGAGAGAAAGAGAGGUGGAGGCAGAGAGAAACAGAGAGAGAGAGAGAGAGAGUAGAUGCACAACGGAGUUCUGUUUAUUCCUCAGUGAAGCGAUUUUUACUAAAUAAUCGCUGAGAGGCCGUCGAGUUAUCGACGAUUACUGUAGCUGGCAUAUUUCCGAUAAUACGUUAAUUCGUGAAAAAAAGAUGACGGACGAGGUCAAUCCCAAAGCUUAUCCGUUGGCGGACGCCACGCUCACCGGCAAGAUAUUAAACCUCGUUCAGCAGGCGAUGAAUUAUAAGCAGCUUCGAAAAGGAGCAAACGAGGCGACCAAGACUCUGAAUCGCGGCUUGUCCGAAUUUAUUGUGAUGGCUGCGGACGCUGAACCAUUGGAGAUUCUGCUGCAUCUACCUCUGCUCUGCGAGGAUAAGAAUGUGCCCUACGUGUUCGUGCGAAGUAAACAAGCCCUCGGACGAGCCUGUGGAGUCUCCAGGCCAGUAGUGGCCUGUUCCAUCACAGUCAACGAAGGCUCGCAAUUAAAACCGCAGAUCAACGGCAUACAACAGGAGAUAGAGCGGCUUUUAGUUUAAAUAGCAUCUGUGUACCUGAUUUACAUACCUCAUGUUUCAUGAGAGUAUCAAUCUUCGUUGUUGCUUUGAGCAGAAUAACUCGUGAAGAUAUUGAAUCUUGUGUGAAUGAAGAUCUUGUUCUCAGAAAAGAUCAUACAUCCUUUUGUAUAUCAUAGAGUUAAGAUAAUAAAAAAAGAAACGCAACACCAGGUGCGUGCCUUGUGUUUGUGUGUUUAGAAAUAAUUUAUAUAGAGGAUGUAUCAUGAGACUUGGUAUUUGUGUUGAAAAUAUAGUAAAUUAGAAAUAUAAGAAAAAAAUUAGAGUUUUUGAAGAGCAAUAGAGUCAUAAGCUUCAGGACCAGUAUAAUUGAUUUUCAAAAUCCUGUUGAAAAUUAAUACAUAAUAUUGAUGGCUGAGUCAUGUAUUUCGCUCGAAUUUUUUUAUGCCGUACAAUCGAUUUAUAUAUUCGUAUUUUCUUCCUUGCACAGCCUAAAAAGUAAGAUCCGCCUGAACGAACUCGGUUGAGUUUUGGCCGGCUGGUGUGCUUCUACUUUUAAUCAGACAAAUAUAUCACGCAGAAUGGAGUAUGCUGUUCAUCGAAUUGAUAGACGCGAUAAACGCGGAUAAAUGAGCAAAAUCUAACGGAG